AUGCUGCUGGUGGCCUUGCUGGGGCUCAGCUGGUUCUGCUGUCCCCUCGGCGCUCUGGUUCUGGACUUCAACAACAUCAAGAGCUCCGCCGAUGUGCAAGGCUCUCGGAAGAGUUCGCAGUGUCUGUCCGACAAGGACUGCAACGCCAGGAAGUUCUGCCUCCAGCCCCGCGACGAGAAGCCCUUCUGCGCGACGUGCCGAGGCUCCCGCCGGCGGUGCCAGCGCCACGCCAUGUGCUGCCCAGGGACGCUCUGUGUGAAUGACGUCUGCACCGCGGUGGAGGAUGCAGCCCCAAUUUUGGAACGGCAGGCUGAUGGCCAGGAUGGCACGGACACCAAGGGGACCCAUGAGCACCCACUUCAGGAGAAGCAGCCCCAGCAGAAACCAGACACCAAGAAAUCACAAGGCAGUAAGGGACAAGAGGGAGAAAGCUGUCUUAGAACCUUCGACUGUGGCCCUGGACUUUGCUGUGCUCGUCAUUUCUGGACUAAGAUCUGCAAACCGGUCUUGCUAGAGGGACAGGUGUGCUCUCGGAGGGGGCAUAAAGACACUGCUCAAGCCCCAGAAAUCUUCCAGCGCUGUGACUGUGGGCCUGGCCUCUCCUGUCGGAGUCAAGCAACUGGCGGUCGACAAUAUGCUCGGCUCAGAGUAUGCCAAAAAAUAUAAAUAUUUCCAAAUAAA